AUGGGGAGGUCGCCGUGCUGCGAGAAGGCGCACACGAACAAGGGCGCCUGGACCAAGGAGGAGGACCAGCGGCUCGUCGCCUACAUCAAAGCCCACGGCGAAGGCUGCUGGCGGUCGCUCCCCAAGGCGGCGGGCCUGCUGCGCUGCGGCAAGAGCUGCCGCCUCCGGUGGAUCAACUACCUCCGCCCAGACCUCAAGCGCGGCAACUUCACCGAGGAGGAAGACGAACUCAUCAUCAGGUUCCACGGGCUCCUCGGAAACAAGUGGUCUCUGAUCGCCGGGCGGCUGCCGGGUCGAACGGACAACGAGAUCAAGAACUACUGGAACACGCACAUCAAGCGCAAGCUCAUCGCCCGCGGCAUCGACCCCAAGACGCACAGACCGCUCGGUGUCUCCACCUCCGCUGCCGCAGCAAGCAGCCAUCGCCACGAUCACCUGUCAGCGCGGUCCAGCUGCUCGCCGGAGACCAGUACUGGAGCCUGCCACAGCGUUAACGAUGACAGCGCAUCUGCUCCGAACGACGGUGGCAUCGACCUCAACCUAUCCAUAGGCCCGCCGAGGCAACCGCCUUCACCGUCACAGUCUCCACUGCCGACGAGGCAAGAACAAGCAGAAGCAACAAGCGGAGAGAUCUUAGGGCAUGCGAACAUCAGUAGUGACUACACCUAA